AUGAAACUUUUCAAGAUUUUAUAUUUCAUUGCUGCCUUAUUGGCAAUUAAUUUAAUAGCUCCCAGUGUUUGUAACGAAAAUGUUCAGGUAAAAAAAAAAAAAAAAGGAUGUCCUCUUAGAAAUUUUAAUUUUCAAGAAUUCAGAAAAAAACAUAAAAAUGCAAUUUUGAUUUCAUCUGUUGUUUCUGCUAUGGCUCUUUUAUUUGGUACUGCAUAUGGUAUAGGACUUCAUUUGAAUAACAAAACAUUCACAAAAAGUAUUUUAGAUGUAGGAAAGAAAAAAUCAGCAUCAAGAUCACCUCACCUUAAACUUAAAUAA